CAAUUUUUCAUGUCAACAAAAUGAAACAAUGAUUAAAAUUUGAUUAAUAUAUGUCUAAUAAUAAUGAAUUUGAUCAGUAUGAGAUAAAUUAAAAUUAUUAUCAGAUCACUGUAAAAUUUUAGAAGAUUCAGUGAUUUAUGCUUGAUUUUUUCUGAAAUUAUUUGAAACUGACAGUUUGUGUUGAAAUGUAGCAAAUUGUGUCUGAUGAGCUGAGAGCCUCUUUUUGUAAACACGAGAUUAGUUGAAUAAAAAAUUGUUAAAAAUUGAUAAUAAAUCCCAAAGAUUUAACGUAUAAAACUACAUAAAAUUGAAAAUGUCCAAUGAAGAUCAAGAUGAGUAUUCCGAAGAAGAAGAAGACGUAUUAAUUUAUAUUGAUUUUGAAGAAUUUUCAAAAGAACCAAUUGAAAAUAAAACCACAUUCAAGGUUCUUGGUCUGGAUACAGAAAAGCCAAUUUUACAACUUGGGAAUAAUAUUUACGAAGGCGAAUAUACAAAUUGCUUUGGAACAUAUUUGUUUUUCGAAAAAGAUGAUAAUCCGAAACCAACUAUAAAAUCAGUAUCCAAAGCAGAACCUCAUACGUUUUACAAAUUCAGUGAAAAAACCGAAAAAGUUUUACACAUGAAACGUAUUUUUGUUCGAGAAAAGGAUAGUGAAGAACAUGUAGUGCAAGAUCCUACAUUUAAAUUCCCUGAAACUUAUGAAGAAGCUUUAGAAGACUUAGGAAAAUUAGCUGAAAAUGAAUUACAUUUAAAUGUUCAAUCAUAAUCAAUACAAUUUUUUUAACUUCAAA